AUGCUACUCAGAGAAAAAAUGUCCAAUGCAACCGCUGUGUCUGAUUUUCUGCUACUGGAAUUCUCAGAUGUUCGAGAGCUGCAGUUUCUACACUUCGUGGUCUUUCUGAUGCUGUACUUGGUAACUGUGACAGGGAAUCUCCUCGUCAUCUCUUCGGUCGCCUCAGACCACCACCUGCACACCCCCAUGUAUUUCUUGCUGAUGAACUUGGCCCUGCAGGACCUUGGCCAAGUUUCAGUCAUUGUCCCCAAAUCCAUGAUCAAUUCCCUCCUGAAUACCAGACAUAUUUCUUACUCAGGGUGUGUUGCUCAAGUCUUUUUCUUUUUCUUUUUUGUAGCAUCUGAUUUCUGCCUCCUUACAGUCAUGGCAUAUGACCGGUAUGUGGCCAUUUGCAAUCCAUUACAUUAUGAGAUGGUAAUAAAUAGGCAGGCCUGCAUCGAAAUGAUUGCUGGUGUAUGGAUAGCUGGGUCUCUCUACGCAGGGAUACACACCUGUGGGACUUUUGCAACCCAUUUCUGCUCUAAUGUUGUCAAUCAGUUUUUUUGUGAAAUCCCACAGCUAAUAAAAUUGUCUUGUUCAGGCUUAAAUGUAAUUGAAAUGACUAGUAUUGGAAUUGGAAUUGUCCUUGGCCUAAGCUGUUUUAUCUAUAUCCUUGUAACUUACGCACAAAUUUUUACCACUGUAUUUAGAGUGCCUUCUGCAAAGGGGAGGCAAAAAGCUUUCUCCACUUGCAUCCCCCACCUCAUUGUCUCCUCCACAUUUUUUUCCACUGCAGCCUUUGCCUACCUGAAGCCCAUUACUAGAAAUGCAUCACUCCUAGAUUUGAUAUUUGGUGUAAUCUAUUCCCUGGUUCCCCCUAUGCUGAACCCAGUGAUUUACAGUGUAAGAAACAAGGAGGUCAAGAAAGCAAUGGCAAAGGUUUUAGGUUUUAGGAGCUUUUCUACAAAUACAUGA